CUCUUCUAAACUCUUCUAAACCGAACAGCUUCGAAGGCCAUGUCCUCUAUAGUCACUGCCAUUUUAAGCUCCACCGUGGGUUUCUUGUGCGGUAAAGCUCGAGACAGUGCAGCAGAAAAACUUAAAGACGGCGGUUUAGCGGAUGAGAAAAUACGAAAGAUAAUUGUUCAGGAUUUGACCGACAUUAAAUCAAAGCUAGACUGUCUGUCGCUGAAAGACCUCGACAGCAGUUACAGUUUCCUGAAAGAAGGUGUAGCAUUGUUAAAUCUGGCUCUUGAUAUGUCGAAUAAAGAUCAGAAAACGAGCGAAGCUCCCGUAGACGAAACAACGAGAGUUGUAGACGAUACAUCUGGUAUUUUGAACGCUGCUUUAUCACUUCCUGAAGCAAUUCAGAAAUUGAAGAUUUCGUCGAAGGAGCCAUUCGCUUCUGCUAAAGAUCGUUUCAAAGCAUCUCGUGAACGAGCAACUGAUGCUUUCAACAACAAAUCUUUGACCAUCAAGGAUCGAAUUAUGGCUUGCAAGUUACGUGUAGCAGCCGGAAUUCUUGAAAUUGGUCUUGAAGACCCGAUGGCUGCAACUACUUCCUGCCUGUUGUCCCUUGAAGAGCUACAUGAUUUACCAGCGGUUCAAGAAAUGUUCUCAGUUUUUCUCAAACGAGGAUGGAAAUCAAAAUUUAAUAAAGCAGAACGGUCGGACAACGUCAUGUCUGUUUUGUUUAUCAAUCAUGCUUUAUUUGAUUUCGCAGCAAAGCAUAGCUGUAAAUAUCCCAACGUAUUAAUAUGGCCGGGAAUUGAGGUCGCCGGUCGGAAACUCAAUCCAAUCCUAAACGCAAUUGAGACUUUGAGGUCCCGCAAUAAAAAAUCUGCGCUGCAACUUAACCGGAUUGCGGAAGUAGGAUUAUGGUUCGAUUUCGCUGUCAACAGCCGUUGUGAAAUUAUUGAAUUAGAUGAUGACAAGUUCAUGGUGAACUCCAGUGCAGGUGAAAGCAAGGUAGUUACGUUUGCAGACACAGAAAGUCUAAGUGCAAAACUGUUAAAUGGAAUAGCAGUUGCUGCUGAUAGCGAUAAUAACGUGUACAUUUUAAGAUCGAUUUCGAAAUCUAACAACGUCGCAGCUAGGGGUGUGGUAUAUUCGCAUGUGUUGUAUGUGUUUGAUAGGAAUCACGACAUGAAACAUAAAUUCGUUCUGGAUAUUUUUGACGAGAAUGAAACAAUACGUGCGAGCCUUGCUGUUGACAGAAACAAAAACAUAGUCAUGAUUAAAUAUGGCGAUAGCAAUGUGUAUGUUCUCGACGUUACGGGACAGUUGAAAUAUAAGUUUAAAAGAGACGGGGAUGAGCUACGCAGUUUAAGUAUUUCUAAUACAAAUGACGUAAUGAUUCCAUCAUGUGAUUCGAAAUACAUUCAUAUAUUUACAACAGAGGGCAGAUUGAAAUCUACCAUUGAGGUGUGCAAAGAUUACGAAGUCAUGCAGGUGGCAUUUCAUCAUGGGAUCAGUAAAAUUAUGGUGCUGGCUAAUCAUGUUAAUCGGAAGAACACUGCCUUACUAUGUUACUCUGAAGCAGGUGAACUGGAGCAUACCCAGCAUUUUGAAGCGAAAUGGUUUUCUAUGAGUAUUAUCAGUCAUUUCAGCGGACCUUUUGCUGUGAAGCGGUCAAAAAAAGUCAUUUUCAUUUGAGUAUAUAUUCUCGCAAAAUAAUGAAGAUGGAGAAGAAAUUUUUACCAAGACAACGAUCUUUCAUUUUGAUUCAUUAGACAAAGGUGUCGACGGAAUUGUGAUAACUUCGUAAUCCUAACUU